AUACAACCCCAAUUCCGAAAAAGUUGAGACAGCAUGAAAAAUGCUAAUAGAAACAAAAAGGAGUGAUUUGUAAAUUAUAUUCACCCUUUGCUAUAUUGAAAGCACUACAACUAAACAUUAUAUGUUUUACCUUGUGAAUUUAAUUGUUUUUCUGAAAAUGUACAGUAAUUUCAAAUCAGAUUGCAACACACUCCAAAAAAGUUGGGACAGUCGAGUGUUUACCACUGUGAAACAUCACCAUUUCUUCUAAUAACACUUUUUAAGCCUCCUAGACUGAAGAAACAAGUUUGUUAAGUUUAAGAAAGUGGAAUUUUCCCCCAUUCAUCCAUUAUGCAGGUCUUCAGCUGUACAAUUGUAUAGGGUCUUCCUUGCCAUAUUGUGCGCUUCAUAAUGCACCACACAUUCUCAAUUGGAGAUGGUCAGGACUGCAGGCAGGCCAAUCUAGCACCCGCACUCUUUACUUAUUCAGUAUGAAUAAGUAGAGAGUGCUUAGCCAGUUUGUGGUUUGAAGUUGUCCUGCUGAAAAUUCCAGGAUGUCCCUGGAAAAGACAGUGCUGGAUGGCAGUAUAUGCUGCUCCAAAAUUUGUACAUAUCUGUCUGCAUUAAUGGUGCCCUCACAGAUGUGCGAGUUACCCAUACCAUGGGCACUGACACACCCCUGGCCCAUUCAGACACUGGCUUUUGGACCUGAUACUGAUAACAGCUUGGAUGGUCCUUUUCCUCUUUGGCCGGAGAACACGACGGCUGUGUUUUUCAAAAACUAUUUCAAAUGUGGACUCAUCGGACCAAAAAACACGGUUCCACUGUCCUACUUUACAUCUAAGAUGAGACUGAGCCCAGAGAAGUCAGCAGCGCUUCUGAACAGUGUUGAUGUAGGGCUUCUGCUUUGCAUAGUAAAGUCUUAACUUGCAUCUGUGGAUCUCCUGCAGUGGCAAAUGGUGUUGACUAACAAAGGUUUACUAAAGUAAUCCCAACCCCAUGUUCAUGAUAUCCAUUACAGAUGAAUUAUGUUUUUUUAAGACAGUGAUGUCUGAGGGAUCAGACAUCAUGCACAUUCAAAAGUGGUUUUCGUCUUGCUCUUUACGCACAGAGAUUUGACCAUAUUACUUGAAUCUUUUAAUUAUAUUGUGCACUGUAGAGGGUGAAAUGCCCAAAUCCUUCCAAUUUGUCUUUGGGGAACAUUGUUCUCAAAGUGCUGGAUUAUUUGCUGAAGCAUCUGUUGGCAAAAUGACAAGUCUCGAAUGAUUCUUGCUCGUGAAGGACUAGGCUGUUUUUGGAGGCUCCUUAUAUACUAUGACAUGAUUGCCUCACCUCUUUAACAUCUCCUGUUUCACAUUGUCUUGUUAUUUUAAUUCGUCAAAUUGUUAUUAGUCUUAAAUUGCCCCGUCUCAACUUUUUUGGAGUGUGUUUCAAUCAUCUGAUUUGAAAUUACUGUACAUAAAAAAAUAAAUGAAAUUCACAAGGUAAAACAUAAUUUAAUGUGUAGUUGUAGUGUUUUCAAUUUAGCAAAGGGUGAAUAUAAUUUACACAUCACUACUUUUAGUUUUUAUUAGCAUUUAUCAUACUGUCCCAACUUUUUGGGAAUUGGGGUUGUCCAUGAAUGUUAUUGUUACAAAAUGCAUGAUUCACUCAGUUCUUCAAGUGUUCACAGACAUAAUACUCUGAAACUGACCUGUUUAAGAAAUUAUCCAAUCUAACAUAAAAGACAUAACAGAUUUUAAAGUACAACAUGAUCUAUAACCUGGAUUGUAUGGAUUUCCUAAACUAGAGCACACAGUUAUGGCAGAAGUCCUAAUACUCCUAAUGAUAUAUAAACUUUUAAAGGGAACUUAACACAUUCAUCUUCAAAGGAUGAAUACCUGUGAAAACAAAGAAUCUGACUUUGGUGAAAAAACUAUAGCAUAAAUACCCAUCAGUACAUUCAUCACAGGCUAUCCCCCAUCUAGAUGGGAGAUAUAACACUCUAAUACUGAUCUAGGUACAGUACUCAUCAAGGUUGUGUAAAAUAAGCUCUAGACUCCCCAACAGAGCUUGAUGAGAGAAGUGUCACUGUAACUGCAUGUUCAUUUUUGAAGUUGCAGCUAAACGUGAGGUCUCAUGGCUGAGAAACAGUAGACUCAAAUGGAACACAUUCAAACGCUGGAUCGGCAUAGACCGGCAUCGUGAUCCAAAAUCCACUGGCAAAGCAUCCAAUGUGUCUUCUGUGAGUGCAAGAGUAAAAGAAUGUGAGGAUGAAGCUCCAAUGGAUGUCAAGAUGUUUAUCCCAUAUGAUUCUGCCAAGCUAUGCAUAACCCAAAUGACAGAUGAUAUGAUGGCAAUGAAGAACAGUCAUCGGGAGAUGAUUCAGGAACUGGAGAAGAAUUUUCUCAUUGCAUCAAGGGAGAACCAGGAAAGAACGGUUCUUAAAAUUAGGACGUAUUACCAAAAUAAGCUUAACACCCUGAAGAGGAUACUGGAUAUUUACCAGGAAAAGGUGGCCAGAAAAAAUGCAUACUGGGAAGAGAAGGUCAGGAGUCUGGAAAAUCUGAAUUACCAACUUCAGGAACAACACAAAUUGCUUCAGGAGGGGAACCAAGAAGAUUUAGCAACAUGGAACAGAGAGAAGAACAAGAUGAUGGAAUUGUUCUCCUCCCGAUUGGACCUCCUUAACAACCACCAGGCAUCAACAUUGCAGGAGCUGCAGUUGGCCAGGGCAGAGAUGGGAAAGGUCCAGGAGAUGCUGGAGGCCUCUCAGGAGAAGAACAAUCCAGAACAAACCUCUGAAGGAAAGGGCUGCAGUGACUCAGAUGUACCACUAGAUGGCGCACAAGCUCGUCUGGAGGUUCUGAAGGAUAACUUAUUGAGGAGAGAGAGGGAGAUCUCAAUGCUUAUGGAAGGAAGAGAGAGGGUGACAGAUCUUGAACAAUCAGCAUAUGCUAACCUCCUCAGUGCUGUUAUACAACAGUCUCAUCAUGUUUAUGCUGAGUUAGUAGAAGCUAAGCAGCAGUUUGACCAAAUGGCAGAGGACAAUCGAAAAACUAUGACAGAGAUUAAAGAAAGUCUAGAACAAACCAUAGAAGAGUCCAACCAGAAGACUGAUGAGGAACAAGAUCAUACAAAGCAGAAAAUGGCAGAGCCAAAGGAGGAUGGUGGAUCACAGGUCAGAUUACUCCAUCAUGAAGUCAUACAAGUGGCUUUGGAGUGCAUCAGAGCAGGAGCUAUACCCACCGUCAUUGAGUCUGACACUAAUGAGGCUUGCGCAGCAGAGCUGGAUGAAAGAGUCAAAAAAUUUGAGGAGAAUGUCAGACGAAAUGGAUUCCUAAAUGCUGAAAAUGAGAAGAGUUUAGGGCAGCAGCUGUUAUUACUGCAAGCUGAGUUAAAGCAACUCAAAGAUGAAAAUAAGAAGAUUAUUGACAACUACACAGCUGAAAGGACCAUGAGAAAGAAGUACUACAACAUGAUGGAGGAUAUGAAAGGUAAGAUCAGAGUGUUCUGUCGAAUAAGACCGCUGACCCGCGCAGAGCAAGCAAGAAGAGGUCACAUCAUAGUUGCUUGUCUUGAUGACUACUCUGUGAUCCUGGAGACUCCUCGAGGACCUCGCGAGUUUCAGUUUGACAAAAUUUUUAACUCAGACUGUACACAGGAGGAGAUCUUCCUGGAGUCCAGUGGGUAA